AAUAUAAGCAAGAGUGAGAUAGCAAAAGAAACUUCCUUAAAACCGUCUCGGCGAUCCCUGCCUUGCCUGGCCCAGAGCUAUGUUUACUCCAAGAGCCUGAGCCAGUCUACCUCGCUCUUUCAGUCCAUUGAGAGUGAAUCUCAGGCCCCCACUUCUGUGACCUCAAUCUCUGCUGACAAAGCAGAGCAAGUUAACGGUGAGAAUAAAAAAGACUCUCUACUCAAAUGCUCCUUUGCUGACCUCAGUGAUUUUUGCUUAGCCCUAGGAGAAGAUAAGGAUGACUUGGAGGGGUCAGAGCACGCCAGCUAUGACCGAUCCCGGCUAAUCAAAGAUUCUGUUCCCAAAGAGAAUUCUGAAUCCAAGAAGAGAUUGCCUAAGAAUGACAUGAAUUACAUAGCAUCCAGUGGACUGCUAUUCAAAGAUGGCAAAAAGCGGAUCGAUUACAUCCUGGUUUAUAGAAAGUCAAAUAUACAAUAUGACAAAAGAAACACAUUUGAAAAGAACCUCAGGGCAGAAGGCUUGAUGUUGGAAAAGGAGCCAGCUGUUGCAAACGCUGAUAUCAUGUUUAUUAAAAUUCACAUUCCGUGGGACACGCUGUGCAAGUAUGCAGAGAGGCUGAAUAUCAGGAUGCCCUUCAGGAAAAGAUCCUAUUACACAGACCAGAGGAGCAAAUCAACGGGCAGUGUACACAGCUAUUUUAGAAGACUCAAAAAAUGGAUGUCUCAGAACCCAAUGGUUCUCGACAAGUCGGCUUUCCCAGACCUGGAAGAGUCAGAUUGCUACACGGGCCCCUUCAGCCGCGCGCGGAUUCACCAUUUCAUAAUAAACAACAAGGACACCUUCUUCAGCAACGCCACUCGGAGCAGGAUAGUCUACCACAUGCUGCAGCACACCAAAUAUGAAAAUGGGAUAUCAAAAGUGGGUAUCUGUAAACUGAUAAACAAUGGCUCGUAUAUAGCAGCUUUUCCCCCACAUGAGGGAGCCUACAAGAGCAGCCAGCCCAGCAGAACGCACGGGCCUCAGAAUAACAGGCGCCUGCUGUAUGAGCGCUGGGCACGCUGGGGCAUGUGGUACAAGCACCAGCCCCUGGACUUAAUCAGGCUCUAUUUUGGUGAGAAGAUCGGGCUAUACUUCGCGUGGCUGGGGUGGUAUACUGGAAUGCUGAUUCCGGCAGCACUGGUUGGCUUGUGUGUUUUCUUCUAUGGAAUAUUUACAAUGAAUACAAGCCAAGUAAGCCAAGAAAUUUGCAAGGCCACUGAAGUCUUUAUGUGCCCUCUCUGUGAAAAGAACUGCUCACUGCAGAGACUCAACGAAAGCUGUAUCUAUGCCAAGGUGACAUACUUGUUUGAUAAUGGAGGGACAGUCUUCUUUGCUAUUUUUAUGGCAAUAUGGGCCACAGUCUUCCUGGAGUUCUGGAAAAGGAGAAGAAGUACACUGACCUAUACUUGGGAUCUUAUUGAAUGGGAAGAAGAGGAGGAAACACUUCGUCCCCAGUUUGAAGCAAAGUAUUAUAAGAUGGAGAGAGUGAAUCCCAUCAGUGGAAAACCCGAGCCGCAUCAGCCUUCUUCAGACAAAGUCAGUCGUCUCCUUGUUUCUAUCUCAGGAAUAUUCUUCAUGAUAUCUUUGGUGAUCACUGCAGUGUUUGCAGUUGUGGUGUAUCGCCUGGUGGUUAUGGAACAGUUUGCAUCAUUCAAGUGGAAUUUCAUCAAACAGCACUGGCAGUUUGCAACAUCUGCUGCUGCUGUCUGUAUCAAUUUUGUAAUCAUCAUGGCCCUGAAUCUUGCUUAUGAAAAAAUUGCUUACCUUCUCACUAAUUUAGAAUAUCCUCGAACAGAGUCUGAGUGGGAAAACAGCUUUGCCCUGAAGAUGUUCCUCUUCCAGUUUGUCAAUUUGAACAGUUCUAUCUUCUAUAUCGCUUUCUUUUUGGGGAGAUUCGUAGGCCACCCAGGAAAUUACAAUAAACUUUUUAACCGGUGGAGACUGGAGGAAUGUCAUCCUAGUGGCUGCUUGAUAGACCUCUGCCUCCAGAUGGGAGUGAUCAUGUUUUUGAAGCAAAUAUGGAACAACUUCAUGGAACUGGGUUACCCGCUGAUCCAGAACUGGUGGUCACGACAUAAAAUCAGGAGGGGAAUCCAAGAUGCUUCUAUACCUCAGUGGGAAAAUGACUGGAAUCUGCAGCCCAUGAAUAUUCACGGACUGAUGGAUGAAUACUUAGAAAUGGUUUUGCAAUUUGGUUUUACCACCAUAUUUGUUGCGGCUUUUCCUCUGGCGCCUCUUUUGGCUUUGUUAAACAACAUCAUUGAAAUCAGGCUGGAUGCAUACAAAUUUGUCACCCAGUGGCGGAGGCCUCUGCCGGCCCGAGCAACUGACAUAGGUAUCUGGUAUGGAAUUCUUGAAGGAAUUGGUAUAUUGGCCGUGAUCACCAAUGCGUUUGUAAUUGCUAUCACGUCUGAUUACAUCCCACGUUUUGUCUAUGAAUACAAAUAUGGCCCCUGUGCAAGUCAUUUCAGAUAUGGUGAAAAUUGUCUAAAGGGAUAUGUCAACAAUAGCCUAUCCUUCUUUGACCUGAGUGAGCUUGGUAUGGGAAAAUCUGGUUAUUGCAGAUACCGAGACUACAGAGGGCCCCCUUGGAGUUCUAGACCCUAUGAGUUCACCUUACAAUACUGGCACAUCCUCGCUGCUCGGUUGGCCUUCAUUAUCGUGUUUGAGCACCUUGUCUUUGGGAUCAAGUCAUUCAUCGCAUACCUGAUUCCAGAUGUACCAAAGAACCUUUAUGACCGAAUACGACGGGAGAAGUACUUAGUCCAAGAAAUGAUGUAUGAGGCUGAGCUAGAGCAUUUGCAACAACAACGGAGAAAAAGUGGUCAUCCUGUUCACCAUGAAUGGCCUUAGUAGAUACCUGUUGCCCAGUUGGGGCAAUACUGUUAAUGGGAAUGAUAGCACCUUCAAAGUCUAGGUGGGAUCUAGGCAAACUGUAUGUAUAAUAUUCUACUUGGAAAAGUAUCACAGCCAUCUCUUGGAUUUAGAACAUCCAAGCUUCCAGGGAAAAGAAAAAGAUGACUCAUGAUGUUAAAAAAUAUUAGGUUGACAUUGCAGGAAGCCAGAAUCUAAUUCUCAGAGGAAGCCUUAAGGAGUUGUGUGUUUGGAGACCUCCAUCUUCCACCAGCUGUAGCAUAAUAGGAAGGUGAUAGUGAGGUUUCUAAAGACAGAUUUCUAUGUUCACAAUCCAGGCAUGACUUAAAGUAUUGUGUGGUUUUUACUCACAUACUAAUCUGACUUUGGAACCUUAGGUUGAGUUGAGAUACUCAUAAGGAAUGACUGAAGUCAGUUAUUGCCUUUGCUGUGAGAAAUCCAUGUCCCUUCAGCUUACAGGUUCAUAAGAACGUCCCUUGAUACUUGCUGAGGUUAUGGAUCUGUGCCAUGGGAUUUAUGCUGCUCUACAUUGACUAUGCAGUUGAAGAGUUGCACAUCAGCUUUAGUUGUUAAAGCAAAAACUUGAGAUUCUAAAAAGAAUACCAUUCAUUGAAAUAACAUUCUAUUGUAUUCUAUUCAAAUUUGUUAUAUCACUGGCAGAACCAGUUGCACUGGAUUUUUUUUUAUAAAAUGCCAGUUAGAGCCGCAUACUUAUAAAAUGUGUUUAUUCUCAUAUCUUUUAGAACACUACUGAUUCAUAUUUAACCAUGGAAAGUUGUCUUAUCGUGUACUUAAUUUUUCCUUUGUUGAUUUAUUGCAUCACCUCUUACAGAAUCAUUAGAAAAGCUGUAAAUAUUUUGGUUUUCCUUGUACCUUUGCACCUUGACAAUAUGUAAUGCAAGUUACAGUUUAUGCAACUCUGAGACCAGUGACACCGUACACCAUUGUGACAUGUUUAUUCAGGAACACAGAAGCCAGAUGCUUUGCAACUCUUACGCUUUUCCCACAAUGUGCACUCUUGCUCAUGAGCUAAUGAACAGUGCAUGAAUAUCAAUUUAUAUUAUUUGUAAAAAUGACACACAUAUUUUCAAGUUUUACUUUUUUUCAUUACUGAAGGGAGUUUUCUGUUAUUUCUUUGGUAGAUUGAUUUGGUUUAUUUUUGAAAACUAGAAACAGGCAAAUGAAUUGUGAAAGAUCUGCUUUGUUGUGGAGUUGCUGUUUGUGUGUCAACUCUGUAUCUGUGAGUGUGACUGCUCACAGAUGGCUGGGGUGGGAAGGAUGGGAUGUUGAACUGCAGAACGGCUGGUGAAGGCAUAAGCUAUGGGGGCAGAAAGGGAAGAAAGAGUUGAAUCAAAGAAAUGUGGAGUAGAAUUCAAGACACUUCUUGCAAAACAGUCAAAGCUAAUCUCAGUUUUCCUUCCCUGGAAUAACAUAUACUCACACUUUUAUACACAGUUUUGAUUAUUAUAUGCCCAAUUAAUUUUUGUCCAAUUAAACAAAGCACAGGUAUUUCCAAAAUUCAUAAAGACCAAAUUAAACACAAUGGAAAUAAAGCUCCAUCGUAUAUAUGCUAGGUUUUCUCUAGUAAGAAAAUUACAAAGUUCU